AGUCAGUCAGCGGCUGAAGCAACAACAAGACACAAUAAUCAGAAAUCAAGAUUCAUUUCUAAACUUACAACUGUGUAAUUAUCUGUUUAAAGCGUCGCUGGUCUGGAAUUCAUCAAUAAGUUUGUUGAGGAAACUAAGAAGAGAAGAAGAGAAAGAUGUCUGCUUUAAAAUCUACUUUAUCCGUGUUUCUCCUCAUAUGUUUCCUGUCCUGUUCUGUCUCUGAAGAGAAAACAGUGAAGUCUGGAGAUGAUGUCACUCUUCACUGUCAGAGUCCCAGAGAUGAAGACAUCACAUCAUUAAAGUGGAUCAGACCUGACCUGAAGAAGAAGACAAAUAAGUAUGUCUUCUUCUUCAGAGACGACCAAAUAUAUGAAAACUACCAGCAUGAAUCUUUUCGUGGUCGAGUGCAGCUGAUGGAUCCACAGAUGAAGAACGGAGACGUUUCUGUGAUUCUGAAGAACGUCAACAUCAACGACACUGGAACAUACGAGUGCCGAGUUUCAGUGAGGGGCACAGGACUUGAGCUCAUCAACACCAUCAUCCUGACAGUCACUGACUCAGGUCAAACAUCUGAAGACAACCAGACUGGAGGAGAGAAGCAGGAAGGAGACAAGGAUGGAGGAGACAAGGAUGGAGGAAAUCUUGGACUGAAAGUUGGACUGCCUGUUGGGAUUCUUCUUGUUGCUGUUGUUGGUGGUUUUAUAUUUUAUAUAAAACGUAAUGGACGUCCUUUCCAACGUGUUCUUCGUAGAGAAGCUGUUAUCUAGCAGGACACACAGCUCUCAGAUCUCUGAACUCUUGAAUCUUUCUGCAGCUUUUACAGCAGCUACAUGGUCUGAAUUAGAACUGAGUCUAAAUGUUUAGAACUCAGUUCUUUCAUCAGUACUUAAAGAAAGUGGAGAAUGUGGUUUUAGUGUAAUUAGUGAUCAGGCUGCAGCUCCUCCUCUCAUCACAUCAUUUAUUCACAAUGUGAGAACAGCACUGAACUGUGAAGACAAUCAGACACAGCAGUCACACUGUGUCAUUGACACUUCCUGUUUGUCAUGUGACCCACACUGGCCCACAAAAACAUGUUGAUCUGAUUCAUUUUUAC